AUGCCGAAAGAGGCCCUGGACACAGAGGAGAGUGGUGCAAGCGAGAUUGGAACCGAAGGCGACGUGCGCAAGCUCUGCCAGUCCGCCAACUCCUCGCCCAGCACUUUGCUCACCUGCAGGCACGGCUGUUGCCAAGCGUCGCGCCCAAACGGGGCGGCCACCACGGACAGGCUCUUUCACAUGAUCCGCCGAGAGCGCCACACCCAGAAGCGUUUGCUGACCUUCCUGGCGGAGCAUCACUUCACAGGCGUCAACAACCCGCGCAGCACUGUGCUAGGCUUCUACAAAGAGUACCCUUUGCACGCCGCGGUGCGAUGCCUUGAUGCCGAGCUGGUCAAGAUGCUGCUGAGAAACGGGGCAGAUCCCUCCGUGCGCGAUGGAUCCAGAAUGACCCCUUGGCAGCGUGCUUGGAGCCAAGCGAAGAAGGGCAGCGAAGGCGCCUGUGACGUCCUGGCCGUCCUGGAAGCACACGAGGCGCGGAGGAACCGCCGCAAGGUCGUGACCGCCUAG